AUUUGUUUACACUGGAUGUUAAUCAAGAACAAUCUGACGCCAAAUAGUACUUUUAGUUAUUUAACGUGUGACAAACUGUACUACACCUGUAAUGAAGGCUAUAAGCUUGUCACCAGCGGCUGGUGGGCUGAGGCUGAGUGUCAUGAUCGCCGGUGGUCUGUACUUCAUCAAUGCAUCGAGAACAACACAUGUGGAGAAGUGCCUGUGAUCUCUAACGGGGAGGUGAGGUCUCUACGUAGUCAUCAUGAAGAAGGAGAAAGUGUCACGAUUACUUGUAAUAAGGGAUUCACCGGCCGGGUGGAGCAAUUAACCUGUCGUGCUGGAGAAUGGACUUCAGAAGGACUGUCACUCACAACAAUCUGUGAACCUGAUGCCGAGUCCUGCAGCCCUCCACCGAAGGUUCAACACACUGUUGUUGUGGAUUUGUAUCAAAGGGAGUUCCUGUCCGGCUCUGACGUGACGUAUCAGUGCCGGGACCGUUUCCAGAUGGAGGGAGACGCCACGAUUAGAUGCAACGAUGGGAAUUGGGAGAAGCACAACAUCGUGUGUGCACGUACGUUUCUAUAAUCUUUAAUUCCACAUAAAGCUUAUCAAACAAG